CAAGUAAAACAAAAAUGUUACUAAAUUUAAUAUAUCUAGAAGUAAAAAGGUAAUAAUUUUAUGAGUGUGUUACAGUGAAUAAAGAGCAAAAGAGAAAGUUCAGGGAGGCAGUAAUCGAAGGCCAAUGGACGCAACAAGUGAUUCCGAUGUUCGAACAAAGCAAUUCCUACCACAAGACCCAAAUCAAAGGCAAAGGCACGGCGUUGCACGUGGCGGUGAACAACGGCAACGCCGACGUUGUGCGGAGGCUCGUGGAAGCGGUGGUGCAGCACGAAGGAGCAGCAUCUGGAGGAGAAGAAGGAACCAGCGCCUUAGCAACGAGGAACGAGCAAGGGGCGAGUCCUCUGCACCUCGCUGCGCGGCGAGGGUUCGAUGAGAUCUGCAAGUGCAUCAUCGGAGCCGGUGGCGAAAGGAGGAGUUUGAUGUGUGUUAGGAAUGAGAAAGGCGAGACGCCUCUCUUCUCCGCCGUGAAAACACGGCAGUUGAAAACGUUUGCCUUGCUCUAUCAGUUGUUUCCCAAUGAUACCAAUCUUGCCAUUAGAAACAAGGAUGAUAGCAUCCUUCACAUUGCAAUUCGAAGAGAAUUUUUAGAUAUGGCAGUUAUAAUAGUGCAUUGCUAUCCUGUACUUUUGGACUUGCGGAACGGUGAUCAAGCCACUCCUCUUGAAAUUAUUGCAGCUAGGCCUUCUGCGUUCAAGAGUGGAACUUAUCUCACUUGGGGGAAGCGAAUUCUGUAUCACUGUAUAUAUGUAAAACCUCUGGAUGCAAAGACUGCAAUGAAACGGUAUUUGACGUCUGAGGGCGUUGGAAAAAAUCGUAACAAAGCAAGCUCCUCCAUUAUAGAGAAAGAUAAGAGUCAAGUAGCAAUACAACUAGGCCCAGUUGAUACCUCCCAAGCAAUAUCAGAAAAAGAAGACUGUGCACGAUAUGCAGAUAUUAAUGUCCUCUGUUUUCAGUUUGCAGACAUAAUUCAAAAGUUAGUGUUCAUAUUCUGUCUUCCUUGGCUAUCACUAUUGGGCAUCUCAAUAGCAGACUUGGUGGCAAUAUAUAAGUUGAAGCAGAAGCACACAUGGGCUAGUCAGCUGUUGAACAAAUUUAUGGAAAACCCUUAUCAGUCAUACAUGGGAAUCGACGGUAAUAAUCCACUGCAUUAUACGGAAGAUCAUGAUGAAGAAAAAGAUGAUGAAGAAGGGAAACUCUGGGAUGUUAUAAACCAAAUACGUGAACAAAGGGAUUCUCUAAAUAAGGUGCCAGGUAGCUCAAAGCAGAAGGCACAACAAAGUGGAAAAAAGGAAAAUUAUUCUGAGGCACCACAAGAAAAUGAAAAGAUAGAAAAAUAUGUGGAUUCACAAAAUAAGGAGUCAGGUAGCUCAAAGCAGAAGGCACCACAACAAAAUGAGAAGAAAGAAAAAUAUGACCCAAAAGAAACAGCAUUUUUGGCUGCGGCGAAAAAUGGCAUAGUUGAGAUUGUGCUUGAACUUCGGAAUAAUAUAGAAAGUGUUGUCCAUGACACUAACUCUAACAAGCAGAAUGUAUUGCUUGUGGCAGUGAAGAACAGGCAACCCUAUGUUGUUGUGGAACUGAGGAGAAAUUUAAAGUCAAACGGUCAUAUUAGACAGUUUGAUAGCCUAACUUUCGAAACAGAUAAUGAAGACAACAAUGUGCUACACAUGGCAGCAGGUUCAGUGAGCAACAAGGAAAAAACUUGGCAAAUAGCUGGCGCUGCCAUGCAAAUGAUGUGGGACAUAAAGUGGUAUCAGUACAUCAAAUCGCUAGCGCCGGAGCAUUUGGCGUGUAGGACCAACAAAGAUGGCAAAACCCCUGGAGUAGUCUUUCAGGAGCAACACAGAGAACUCGUGAGCGAGGGUUCUGGGUGGCUCAAGGACACGGCGGAGUCCUGCUCUGUCGUGGCGGCGCUCAUAGCAGGUGUCUCCUUCGCGACCGCGAGCACUGUCCCGGGCGGAAACAACCAGGACUCCAGCCACCCUGACUUGAAUGGCCGACCUGCAUUGGAAGGAAAACCUGCAUUCGACACGUUCGCCAUAGCUUCCUUGGUUGGACUCUGCUUCUCAGUCACUGCACUGGUCAUGUUCCUCGCCAUACUCACUUCUCGGAAACAAGUUGAGGACUUCCGAAGAAGUAUACCGGUGAAGCUCCUCGUGGGAUUUAGCUCUCUGUUUGUGUCCAUUGCUGCGAUGCUUGUUGCUUUUUGUGCUGGGAAUUUCUUCCUGCUCAAGGACAAGUACAAGGAAAGUAUCAUAUUCCCUAUCUAUGUUGCUACUUGCUUGCCCGUGACUCUCUAUGCAAUUGUGCAGUUUCCACUUUAUGCUGAUCUUGUUAAAACUAUUCUCAAGAAGGUGCCACAGCCCAGUGGCAGGGGAGUCAAUUUUUAGUACUAUAGACUCUUGAUAGUGUGUGUGAUCUCAUGACUUUGGAUUUUUUAGUACCUUUAAUUGAAUUGUGUGUGCUGUGUUGUAUGCUACCUGUGUUUAGAGUUCAUAAUAAGUAUGUAUUUCAUUGUUUUCAAAUAAUAUAUUGAUUUUUGUACUGCA